AUGAUAAAGAUAUUUCUUCUUUUUAUCUUCCAAGUGAUUGCAGUGUUUGUACAAAAUGUGAAUGCGGUUAAUCCAAAAAAUUCGUUCACCAUAAGUCACGUGAAUGCGCCCGUAGGAUGGCACUCUAAUAGACAGAGGAAAUUUGCCUAUGUAGACCUUCGGAGAAACAAAAGUGAAGAGGGGAGGAGGAACGCCCUGGGUACGCAGGGAGGGAGCCGACAGUGCCCCUUGCGGAAGGUGAGCUUCGCAGGCUUGAUGGGCUUCUCCGGGUUGUCCAUCCCGCUGUUCCUAGCAACCUACAUGAUAUACAGCAAAAUCAAAGGUGACAACAGAAAUUUAACGGAAGCAGAAAAAAUUAUGGGAAAGUUCCUGUACAAGCAUGAAAACAAUUUAAUACAAGGAAAUAAUUAUGAGGAAGAAAAAUCAUACAAUCUAUUUUACUUAAUCCAUGCAAUAUAUAACAAUAUUCGAACGCUAAUAAAUUUUUACAUGAACGUAAAAAAGGUUAGUACAAAGGAUACUUCAAAUGAAUACACCAUUUUAUUUUUCCAUUCCUACAAUGUGGACAGAUUUUUGCACACAAGAAAUAUUAAGACAUAUGCUGAAAGGUUGAAGGAAAUUUACCAAGACAUUAAUAAAAAAAAAAAUGUCAACAUUGUCUAUGUGCCGCUGGACAGUAAACUUCUUUUUAACAUUAAACACUUUAGCAAUAUGAACAACUGGUACAGUAUAUUAUUUCACGAUAAAAAACAAAUUUUAAAAAUGAUAAAAAAUUAUAAUAUUAUGAAUAUCCCCACGAUGGUAUUGUUGGAUAAAAAUAUGAACAUUAUUAAUGACAAUAUUAAUUAUUUGCUUCUUCACCAAAAGAAAGAUUUUCCGUACAGAGAUGUUAAUCAUUUGACGUAUAUUAAUUGGCUAUAUGAUAAAAAUAAUCGAAAGUACGAUUUUAAAAAAUUAAAUUCAGAUUAUGUACUUUUUUAUUUUAACAAUGAGAAGGAAAACAAGGGGGACCUCCAGUCCCUCCUCAAGAUAAAGAAAAAACUGGCCGCAAAAAAUAUUAACGUGGAUAUCAUUUUUGUGAAGGACAUGGAAAUGAUGAAGGGGAAUACCACCUCGAAGGGAGAUGGCAUGGUGAGUCAAAAAGAAGCUGAGAAGGUAGGCCCACUGGCUGGUGAAAAAACGGAGGGAAAUAUUCCUAAUGAAAAAAUUGGUAACGAGAAGGAUACACACGAGUCAAGCAAAAAGGAAGGACAGUCCGCACUCUCUGAGGCUGAAAAACAGGGAAUGAAGGGAAACACUACUGACCAAAGCAGCCAAGGGCGUGGUACAAACGACCAGAUGGAAAACUACGUCGACGAUGUGUACUACCUGGGAGAACAAGAAAAUAACGCCAUUUACAAACUGCUCCUUUACGACAUGUUCGACGUGACAUUCAAACCUGUUUGCAUUCUCGUAAACAAAAAGGGAAAUAUUAUAAGCAAGUAUAUCCACGUGGAGAAGAAGGAAGAUGAAAUAGCUAGCUUUAUACAAAAUAAUUACAAAAGUUUACACGAAAAGGCGAAUGAAAAAAACUACAUGUACAAAUAUGAAAAUGUUAGCAACUUAAAUAACUUAAACGUCUUCUCUCCAAUCUUCAUCCUGUUCAGUGACAAACUCAACCUCGAUUUACUACACCAGUACAAUGACUUGAUUGGUCAAUAUAAUAAAAACAGAAAGGGGAAGAAAAUUAAUUUUUACUUCCUGGUUACCGACGAUAAAAAGUACGAAGCCUUAAAGAAGCUCUGCGCAGUCGAUAACACAACCCAGGCGGUCAUUUUGGAUUUGUUUAACCAGAAGAUGUUCAAGGACAAGGUGAACAAACUGGGUGUCAUUGAAAAUUUGGGUGGCAAGAGCGUCAUUAACAAGGACAAGUUCUUUAGCUUUGUGAACAGUUACUAUGGCGACGACUUGUACGCCUCUCCUAUUGUGUUGACUAGGGGAGUUUAG